AUGAAUAGUAGACGGCAAAGCAGAAUCAAGGUUCUGGUGCUGCCAUGGUUGGCUCAUGGCCAUAUAUCUCCCUUCCUUGCGCUAUCUAAGCAACUGGUGAAGCAAAAAUUCUACAUAUAUUUCUGUUCUUCGCCAGUUAACCUCAGUCGCAUCAAAGGUAAACUCACUGGAAACUACUCUCACUCUAUACAGCUAGUCGAACUUCAUCUACCCUCCUUGCCUGAGCUUCCUCCGCACUACCACACAACCAAUGGGCUCCCACCACAUCUCAUGCCCACUCUCAAAAUGGCCCUUGACAUGGCAAGCCCCAGCUUCACCAACAUCCUAAAGACUCUAAGCCCGGAUUUGCUUAUUUACGAUUUCAUCCAACCAUGGGCACCAGCCGCAGCAGCAUCUCUUGGAAUUCCUUCUGUUCAGUUCUUGAGCAAUGGAGCAGCUGCGACAACUUUCAUGAUUCAUUUCGUCAAGAAACCUGGUAAUGAGUUUCCUUUUCCGGAGAUUUAUCUUCGAGAUUAUGAGAUGAGCGGGUUCAAUCGUUUUCUUGAAUCUUGUGCAAAUGCUCGCAAAGACAAAGAAAAGGCCCGACAAUGCCUGGAACAAUCGUCCAACGUUAUUUUGAUCAGAAGCUUUAAAGAGAUUGAGGAGAGAUUCAUAGAUUUCCUCUCUAAUUUGAAUGCGAAGACGGUGGUACCUGUUGGUCCACUUCUUCAGGAUCAGAUAGAUGAAGAAGAUGCAGAGACAGAAAUGGUUGAAUGGCUCAGCAAGAAGGAUCCAGCAUCAUCUGUGUUUGUUUCCUUUGGCAGUGAGUAUUUUCUUUCCAAAGAGGAGUUGGAAGAAGUUGCUUAUGGGCUAGAGCUGAGCAAGGUUAACUUUAUAUGGGUGGUGAGGUUUCCAAUGGGAGAUAAAAUGAGGGUGGAGGAGGCACUACCAGAGGGUUUUCUUAGUAGAGUGGGAGAUAAAGGAAUGGUUGUGGAAGGAUGGGCUCCUCAGAAAAAAAUUCUACGACACUCCAGCAUUGGUGGAUUUGUGAGUCACUGUGGAUGGGGUUCUGUGAUGGAAAGCAUGAAUUUCGGUGUUCCAAUUGUAGCAAUGCCCAUGCAUCUUGAUCAGCCAUUUAAUGCUAAACUAGUGGAAGCGCAUGGAGUUGGUAUAGAGGUUAAGCGAGACGAGAAUGGGAAGCUCCAAAGAGAAGAGAUAGCAAAGGUGAUCAAAGAGGUGGUUGUCAAGAAAUGUGGGGAGAUUAUAAGGCAAAAAGCAAGAGAAUUCAGUGAAAAUAUGAGCAAGAAGGGAGACGAAGAGAUAGUUAGGGUAGUGGAGAAACUGGUACAACUGUGCGGGAAAAGAAAUUGAGACACAGCUUGAUCCCAACAUGACCGUAUUAGUUGAGAUGUGCCAAUUUAGAUAUCUUCAAAGAGCACCACAAAACAAAACAGCCUACACCAACAGGCCUCUUCCGUUUCAUUUCCUUUGAUUCUGUAUUUAGUGAGAGAGAAGGCGUUUUCUGCAGAAAGUAUAAAAGAACACAGCCAUGAUGAUGACACUCGUCCUUUUCUCUGUGUCUUAUAUAU